CAGACCCUCCUCUGAUUGGUCGCGUGAUCAGCGGGGCGGAAGUUCACGGUUUUAUCUCACAUAGUAAGUUUCCAUUCAGGAAUUUAAUUGUUUUGUUCAGAAAGAGACAUGGUCCUUUGAAGUAUUACGGUGGUUUUUUAAGGAUUACAUGAGCUUAUGGUCUCAUGUACAGAUGUGUGAUGUAAGCUGACAGCAGCAGAUGAAGGAUCUUCUGUCACGGUGACCAUGGCGGAAAUUUCUGGAGCAAGCGGUGGUGUCUCAGUGCGACGGGGUCCGUAUAUCAGCAUGAUCACAAACAGCACAGUAAACCUGCUGAUCCGUGCUGCCAUGCUCUUUAUGGUGGGUGUGCUUUUAGCGCUGGUGCUAAACCUGCUACAGGUACAGCGUAACAUCACCCUGUUCCCUCCUGAUGUCAUCAGUAACAUCUUCUCAACUGCCUGGUGGGUUCCACCCAGCUGUGGAUCAGCUGCAGCAUUGAUAGGAUUGUUAUACCCGUGUAUGGACAGUCGUCUGGGAGAACCGCACAGACUGAAGAGAGAGUGGUCCAGUGUGAUGCGUUGCGUUGCCGUCUUUGUGGGCAUCAAUCACGCCAGUGCUAAGCUGGAUUUUGCGAAUAACGUGCAGCUGUCAUUGACUCUGGCUGCCCUGUCUGUCGGUCUGUGGUGGACGUUUGAUCGUUCUCGCAGUGGUUUUGGACUGGGAGUCAUCUUUGCAAUACUCGCCACACUGACCACACAGUUACUGGUUUACAAUGGAGUCUAUCAAUACACUUCACCUGAUUUCCUGUACAUUCGCUCCUGGUUGCCGUGUAUCUACUUUGCAGGAGUGAUAACUGUGGGAAAUAUUGGACGUCAACUUGCUCUGUAUGAGCACAAAGUCAAUGAGGAGAAAAUCCAUCAGGAUUAAAAGCACAUCAGGAAAAACGAAGGAGAACCAAGCUCAGGAUAAAGUGCUUUGAUUUUCUCUGUUGAAGAGCUGUUCUCUGGAUUUAAGGAUGGAUCAGUGUUAAGAUGUUUUGUCUCCUGUGAGUGUGUGUGUGACAUCGGAUCAUUAAAACACAGACUGAAGUUAUGUCUCGAAUUGCUGCAGUAAAGUGCCAAACUGACUCCUGAUUGGUCGAACAGCAUGAGGUGGAGUUUGGUGUGUGCGGCAAAUAAGACAGUAUAAUGACUGAAUAUUUACACGUACAGACACAUACAGUACAUCUCUUUCUCUGUCUUUACACACAUACUCAGUUUUUUCCUAUAUGAUCUUUCUACUGUUGUGUUCUCAGUCCUCUGUGAUGGUUAGAGGAGAUCAUGUGCUUCUCCUUUUCUUUUAACACUUUAUUAUACCAAAAUCUCAGAUGUAUGGGGUGUAAGAAAAACUAGACUAGAGUAUUACGAAAAGGGCUUCUCAUAUCACUUCAGCUGCUCUUUCUCAUACUCACCACCAGAGGGCGUCAGAGAUCUGCUGUAAUAUCUGGAGACUCGAUACAAAGAUCACAAGACCAAUUAAAUAUCAUUCACCAUGGUGCUGUGUUCAGUAGUUAGAAAUGAAAUAAAAGUCUGUUAUAAUUUGCUAAAUACUUAAAAGGGAUUUUAAAGGGGUUUGAAAGGGAUUUCCUGCUAUAUCGUAAUAAUUAUUCAGUUUCUUUAGCUCCUAGAAUCACAUCAGCCCAUACGGCAAAAAAAUAUAUUUUUAAAUAUAUUUCAAGAAAUGGCCAACAAAUAUAUUUGCUGAAAUAUAUUUUCGAAUAUGUUUACAAAAGGAUAUUUUUACCCAUAUAUUUUUUGACAAUUUUUUGAAAUAUAUUUUAAAAAUAAAUACAUUUUAAGCAUUAAAAAAUAUAUUUAGCCCUCCAUAUAUUUAAAUAUAUGCAAGUCGAAUUUGAAGAAAAACUUUGUUACAAACCUCUAAAGGGUCAAUUUAAAUGUAUUUUCAACUGAAAAUAUAUACUUUAUAAAAUGAACUUGUUUUUAGCAUAUAUUUAAAAAAUAUUUAAGCAAAAAAUUAAGUUUUGCCAUAUGGGACGAAAAAUUAGGAAUGUAUUUGCUUCCCAUUCAAAUACUAUUUAGAAUAUAUGAAGGUUAAAACUAAAUAUGUUUCCAAAUUCAAAAAUAUAUUCAAUUGAGCUUAUCAUUCUACAAAGUGUAUUUAGCAUAUAUUAAAAAUAUAUUUUUUGGCCAAAGAAUUUUUUUUUUUUGCCGUAUGGGAGACCCUGUCAGAUAUUGCUGCUUUAUCUUUAGAGUAAAAUUCAGAUAAUUUUACACACAGACGUUUAAUUGAUUUUUACCAAAGCCUUAAAAUGAAUGUAAGGUUUUAAGAUACUGGUAGAUACAUUCUUUGCAGUGACCUAGGAUAUGUUAAGGGAAUUAUUAUUGUUUUAUCCUAGCGCAUUUUAUUUCACAGAUGUUUAUGAAUAAAGUUUUAUGAAGUGUUAUAUUCGGGUUUUCACAAGUUAGGCAAUGUUAACUUGUCAAUUCUACAUUUAAUUUGUUAAACUGACAGUGUUGAGGUGGUCUGAAAUGCAUGUGUGAUUCUAAUAGUUUGUAUUUGACCACAUUUAUUGCUUUUGAAGAUUGAUGUUAUUAUCAGAUUUUCGUUAUUAAAACAUACAUUUUGCAUAGGCUACUUA